AUGAAGGGCUUUAUCGGUGGAAUCCCUGUGGCAUUGCUGGCAGUUGCUGCCCAGGCCAAGUUUGCUGAACGUCACGAGCAUGACUUCCAUCCCAAGGCUGGUGGGACUGCUAUCGGUGGACCUUCAGGCAAUGAUGAUUUCCGCCCCCAGACUGGUGCUACCGCCAUCAAUGGACAUUCUGGCCAUGGUGACUUCCAUCCCCAGGCUGGCGGUACCGCGAUCGGUGGGCCUUCUGGGAAUGAUGGCGACGAUGGCUUUGUCAGCCCCUACUCUGCCAAUAUCAAGACCGAUACCAAGGUGAACCAGUGGAACAAGGAUGACCACUCCAUCAAGCUGAAGCACACCGACGUGUAUCCCCGCCCCCCCGUGGUCCCUGUGCCAUUUGGCCACCCGGGUGUCCCCAGCGGACCCCAGGUCCCUGGAAUGGGACCUUUCGACAAGGGAAAGCGUGGUGCUCCAGGUGGAACUGCAAUUGGCGGCCCCUCAGGCAAUGAUGAGGGACAGAGCUUUGAUAUGUCUGUGACUGGUGUCUUCAACACCGAGGUCGAGGAUGUGAACAAGGAUGAUCAUUCCAUCGAUAUCAAGAACAAGCAUGUCCACCCUGUUGCCGUUCUGCACCCUCCCCCUCAAUUCAAUGGACCUCCUCGUGGCGGCUACCGUGGUCCCGCUGGUCCGCCUCCCGCUGGCUUCAACACUCCUCCAGGGGCCUUCGGGAAGCGCUUCGGGCCUCCUCACGCAGGUGGCACCGCCAUUGGCGGCCCCUCUGGCAACGAUGGUGGACAGAGUUUCAGCGCUCCCACUUACAUUCAGACCGACACUAACGUCAAGGAGCACAACGAGGACGACCAUUCCAUCAAGCUGAAGCAUGAGGAUAUCUACCCACGUCCUCAUGGCCAUGGCUUCGUUCCCUUCCGUCGCUCCGAGAACCAUGGCCCUCCUGGUCACGGCGGGGCUCCACCUCCGGGUCACUUCGAGCCUCACUCCGAGCCCCACUACGAGCCUCACCCGGAACCUCACUUCGAGAAUCACCCUGAGCCACACUUCGAGAACCACCCGGAACCUCACUAUGCGCCUCAUUACAGCCCCAGCUAUGAGCCGCACUAUGAGCCCCACACCACAGUGGAGCAUGAGAUUACUUCGUUGAAAAACAACAACAACGGCCCCUCGGCUGGCAGUAUCGCUUUUGGUCGCCGCGGGUUCCCUGGCGGCCCGGGUGGUCCUGGCGGCCCUGAGUCUCACUUCGAGCCCCACUCCGAGCCUCACUACGCACCUCACCCCGAGCCUCACUUUGAGAACCACCCCGAGCCGCACACCGAGAACCACCCGGAGCCUCACUAUGCGCCCCAUUACAGCCCGACUUACGCGCCUCACUAUGAGCCCCAUACCACACUUGAGAACGAGAUCACUUCGUUGAAGAACAACAACAAUGGUCCUGCAGCCGGAAGCAUCGCCUUUGGUCGCCGCGGUUUCCCUGGUGGACCUGGCGGCCCUGGUGGCCCUGAGUCUCACUUCGAGCCUCACACCGAGUCACACUAUGAGCCUCACACCGAGUCACACUAUGAGCCUCACUCAGAGCCUCAUUACGCACCUCACCCCGAGCCUCACUUCGAGAACCACCCCGAGCCGCACAUUGAGAACCACCCCGAGCCGCACUACGAGCCUCACUACAGCCCCAGCUACGAGCCUCACUACGAGCCUCACACUACACUCGAUUAUGAGUUGACUUCCUUGAAGAACAACAAUAAUGGUCCUGCCGCUGGAAGCAUCGCUUUUGGUCGUCGCGCGUACGCCCCCACCCCGGAGACCAGCGUUGGCGGUGGUACCGCAAUCGGAGGGCCUUCUGGCAAUGACGGUGGUAGCGGUUUCUCCACUCCGACUAACAUUGAUGUUACCACCGGUGUGAACGAGCAUAACGAGGACAACCAUGCCAUCAAGGGUGACUUCACCCACGUCCACCCCGAUGCUCCCGCUGAGUACUCCCGUGAGGAUCAUGUUGAUGCUCCUGAGUGCGCUGCCGAGGUGCACGAGGUUGUCCACACCGUCACUAAGACCCAGUACAAGACUGCUGAGGCGACGCACAUGGCCUACCAGUCGGCGCCCGUUGUGGAUACCGAUACGUUCUCCGGCUACGCUCCCCAGGAGUCCUUCGCCCCCGUUCCCUACGCCGAAUAUCCCCAGCACUCUGCCGGAGCUGACCCCUACGCCUCUCCCGCUCCUGCUCCUUCCAACUAUGUUUCCGGCCACCCUUCCUACCCCGUGCCCGCGGGUGAGUCCGUGGUCCGAGCGCAUGCGCCUAUGGCCACCUCCGUUGCCGGUUCUAGCCCCGACUACGAAAACUACCCUCAGCACCCUGUAGGGGCUGACCCCUACGCCGCCUCGGCUUCUGCCCCCUACAACUAUGCUUCCCAGCGUCCCUCGUACUCGAAGAUCGCCGUGGAUGUUCCUAUGGCUACCCCCGCCUCCAACGCCGCACCGUCCAAUAGCAUGGGCAAGAUGAUCCCUACUGGUGUCUCCGCUGAGCAGAAGGCUUCUCCCUCGUCCUCCGCGUCGGCUUCUGUAUCUCAUGGAAUCAUGUUCCAGGGUAACGCUGCUCGCGUCUCCGGAGGCAUUGUCUCCGCUGCCGCUGCUGUCAUGGGUGUCCUUGCCUUCAUCCUAUAG